AUGGAGGAUCCAUUACCAAACUUCAAUCACCCAUCACUGAGUGACAUCAAUGGAGAUUUAGAUGAUGUAGAAGAGGAUAGAGGCUCUUUAGCUCUUGUGAAGAAGAGAGGAAGAUUAGGGUUUUUUGGGUUUAGGAAGAGAAAAGCAUUGAAAGGAAAAACAGAGUUUGGUAGAGGAAGCUUCUCUGCUUUGCCUGCAACACCUUCUUCUUCAAAGUCUCACUUUUGGACGAAUGUGUAUGCAGGAUUAAAGCAAGUGGUUCCAUGGAAGAACAAGAAGACUACAAGUUGA